CUGUCAUUGAAGCAUAACCAGGAAGAAUACAAGGAAGUAAAACGGAGGUCCGCGUUAGGGAAGAAGAGACAUGAUUUGAAAGAACCGUUCAGAAAUUCCACUGCAUCCAUAGAUUACCAGAAUGUCGUCCAAUGAGAGGGAAGAGACAACUGACGCCCAAACAGUGCUGGUUCAAAAAGUCUUAGAGACCAAUAGCAGGAGAGAUGGCAACUCUGACAUUAACCAUCACAGAGGAGUUACUGAAGGUCCCUCUCAACCUAAUGAUGACACAUCCAUUGUUACAGAUGCAAAUACUAUCGCUGCCAAAAACCUGGCCCUGCUCAAAGCCCACUCUUUGGAUGUGAAGUUUGAAGUUGGUGAAGAAUAUGACAUUAUAGAGACCAUUGGCACAGGUGCUUAUGGUGUGGUCUCAUCAGCCCGGAGAAGAGACAAUGGCCAGCAGGUGGCAAUAAAGAAGAUCCCUAAUGCUUUUGAGGUCUUGACGAAUGCCAAACGCACACUCCGAGAGCUGAAGAUUCUGAAGCACUUCAAACAUGACAACAUCAUUGCCAUUAAAGAUAUUCUGCAGCCUUUGGUCCCUCACUCGGCUUUCAAAUCAGUUUAUGUGGUUCUUGACCUCAUGGAGAGUGACCUGCAUCAAAUUAUCCAUUCCCGGCAACCUUUGACCCCAGAACACACACGCUACUUCCUAUAUCAGCUUUUAAGAGGCCUAAAGUACAUUCAUUCAGCCAAUGUCAUUCACCGUGAUCUCAAGCCAUCUAACCUUCUAGUCAAUGAAAACUGUGAGCUUAAGAUCGGUGACUUUGGUAUGGCACGUGGAUUAAGUGCAGUCCACACCGAAGAGUCGCGUUCCUUCAUGACGGAGUAUGUGGCCACCCGCUGGUAUCGUGCUCCUGAGCUCAUGUUGUCCCUUCACUACUACAGCUUGGCCAUCGACCUCUGGUCUGUUGGCUGUAUAUUUGGUGAGAUGCUUGGCAGAAGGCAUAUGUUUCCCGGGAACAACUAUGUGCAUCAACUGCAGUUGAUUCUUUCUGUUUUGGGCUCUCUACCUGAGAGUAUCAUAGGGUCUAUAGGAUCCGAGCGGGUGCGCUCAUAUGUGCGGAGCCUCCCCUCAAAAGCGCCAGAACCAUUUGGUGCACUGUAUCCGCAGGCUGAGCCUGCUGCACUGGACUUGUUGGGUGCCAUGCUUCGCUUUGACCCUCGUGAGAGAACCAGUGCAUGUCAGGCCCUAGAACACCCCUAUCUGGCCAAGUACCAUGACCCGGACGACGAACCGGUGUGCGUGCCUGCCUUUGAUUUUGAGUUUGAUCAGCAGACUAUGGGCAAAGAACAGAUCAAGGAGGCUAUACUGACAGAAAUCCAGGACUUCCAUAAGAAUAAGCAGGGAAUCAGAAAGAAGAUCCUGUUCACACCACUGCAUGAUCCAGUUCCAACAGUGAGUGGUAUCUCCAAUAACACCAUUUGUGGCGCUCCACAGACUCCGCACCUGACAGAAAUGGCACAACCACUUCAACAGCCAAAUCUUAAAUUCAAACCAGCAGACACUAAAAAAACUAAUGCUAUUCCUUUGUUUUGUAACCAAGAUAAUCCCCAUGCACCACACCAUAUCACCCAGAUGUUGCCAUCCUUGUCCCAGUCAGUAAGCUGUCAGGAUGUGGACAUGCUCAGUGCAAACUCUGACGGCAAACCGGAAACUAUUGAUCUGACUACUCCUACCUCUAGUCAGUGCACACCUUUUACUGAACCAAUGACAGAUUACACAAAGAAGGAGCUUGUCUCAAAUCAUGCUAGUCUCCCUCAGUCUGGCCCUUCACUCUCUCUCACACAGUCCCAGGCUCAGUCACUAUCUCAAACCCUCUCUCGCUCUCUUGGAAAAGGAGGAAAAGCAACAACCAAUGAAGCUACAAAAAAGGAGGGAGCAAUUUCAGAAGACACAAAGGCCGCUCUCAAGGCUGCCUUGCUCAAAUCAGCUCUAAGGCAAAAGGCAAGAGAUGGAGGCUCUGCAGCUCUUGGUAUAGACCUAAUUAGAGGAGCUGUUAGAGGUUUAUCCUCAUCGCUUUCCUCUAACUGUGGCCCAGAGCAGAGAAAGCCAGUGACUGCCCAGGAAAGACAACGAGAGAGAGAAGAGAAACGUAGAAAGAGACAAGAACGUGCCAUAGAGCGAAAGAGGAAGAUAAAAGAGAAGGAGAAGAAGGAGGGAAGACCAGGAGAAUCUUUGGGUGGGGUUUUACUCAGCGACAAUGACAAGAAGCUGUUGGAGCGCUGGGGACGAAUGAUGGACAACCAGGUGGACAAAUUGCAGGCCACAGAAACAAUUAAUGCCAAAACCGAUGAGAGUAAGACCACACCCUGCCAAAUCCAGCCAGCAACAGGAAAAAACCUCAUUAAAACAAACUCUGAUGGAGGAGAAUCAAUGCCGCCGAAACAACCAAAUGAAGUGCAAGUUUUCAAACCCCCCCAAAUACUGCCUCAGAUGGGACAGAGUGUUGGGGAAGGAAUCUUCCAUCCACCCAUUACUCAUGAGGCACCGGCAGUCUCUCUAGGCCCAGCUCAGAAUGGAGAUGUAGGAAUUGUUGGUGUAGCAGGUGUAGUGGGUGGCAGAGGUGUUGGUCUGGUUGGUAGUGGGUUAGGUGUUGUUGGAGGAGGGGGCAUAGGUGUGGUAACUGCUCCUAGUGCCUAUGCCAAAAACAACAUGCUAAAAUCCCACUCACAAUUUCUAAGUGUUGGAACAAUGUUCACCGACAAUUGGACAGGAACCCAGGCAGGUGUGGGAACAUCUCAGUGCCAGCAACCAAUAUCAUAUCAACCCCAGAAAACUCACCAACCUCCCCCAGAACUGAAUCCUCAAGCUCACAUAGGCUUUCCUCAGCAGACUUGUACACAUCCUCAAAGCCAGAGCCAUUCGCAAAUACAAUCUCAACCCCUCAAACACACACCAUCACAGUCCAAUCCUCACAUCCACCUGCUGCCAAUGGAAACGUUUAUAACCAAACCAUCAUUCCUGAACCCAAGCAGCGCUGCCAGCAUUGGGGUCUCAGACACCAGCAAAUCUCUCCCUAAUCCAGAGACUGUCAAUGGUGCUCAAACCCUUGACAAACUUUGUGGUUUAGGGGAGCAUCAAAAUUGCUCUCAAUCACAGGGCCCUUUAAAACAGCUUUCAGCAGCUGCAGCUCAAACCUGCCUUAGCCUCACGGACACUGGACAGCCAGCAAACAGCAUCCCUGAUAUCCAUUCAGUGACACAGCAACUCUCAAAGUCACAGGUUGAGGACAUUUUGCCCCCAGUUUUCUCAGUGACCCCCAAAGGCAGUGGAGCUGGAUACGGUGUUGGCUUUGACCUUGAUGACCUAUUCACGCAGUCUCUUUCCGAGCUUCAGCACUCUGACCUCCGGGAAAGUCAGAUUGACUUGGUCCCCCUCUCUGCAUCCCUGCUUUCUGAUUGGCUCGAGGUACACCGCAUGACCCCUGUUGACAUGGAGUCCCUUCAACAGGAGCUCCAGCUUGGAUCUCCCAUGAUCCUUUCUGACAACUCAACGCUCCCUGACAACUGAUCAUUCCAUCCACAUUUCUUGUCCAACACCUUGUAGAACCUCUUAAGGGAAGUGAACAAAGGAUCUUGAUAGUUGUAUCGUUUACCAGUGUACUAUGCCUAGAAGAGUUGGUAGAGUGAAGCUCAUUGCAGUAGGCUCCAAAUAAUUAAGGACUUGACCUAAAAUCUUACCCAGAAACGUGCCUUUAUCUUUAGUGGGUUCACAUACACUAUUUCUUUGUGCCAACCUUAAAGUGUGAUGCACAGUUCAGUUUUUGGGGGGGGGGGUUUCCAUUCUAAGAAUUUCAGUGCCAUUACAAAGCAACAAGGAUAAGCCAGGGAGGAGUUCAGUUCUGUUGUAUCAGUUGUGCUAGUGCAUCCUGCACUUUGAUAUUCAUUAACUCUGUUAUGUCUGAAUGUGAUUUUAUGGCAACGUUCAAGCCAAUAGCAAUGAAAUAGUAAAGGUCAUAUUUUUAUCCCAAGUUACUUGCAGUACACACUACAGCAAGUCACCACAAGGGUGGCAGUAUUGUGAUGGAUAAAACACAACAAGGGCAGCAAAGCACAGUGGCAUCAUUACUGAAGAUGCCUGACUGUAGAUAUUAGUGCAGAGUAGAGAAGUGAUUCGUUUGAUUUUGCAUGAAUGCUUUCUAGAAAACAUGCAAAUUUGCUCCGUUUUUACACCAGCAACAAAAAGAGUAAUGUCUUGAAUAAAUCUGUCACAGGGA